AUGUUUUGGAUGUAUUUAUAUGAACGUAUAAACUCAGAAGGUGUCAAAUACACCAACUGCUGCUGCUUUACGGAACUGAUGCCUAUUCUUGUCCUCAAUUACGAAAAUAGUCUAGUGAUACGUUCGAGUUCCAGGCCCAAAGAUCCUAUAUCUGGCUCCACUGCUCUAGGAUAUAGUCGCACUGUUCGUCUGUCCACUGCUUUGAAAGACAUACCCCCUGCGAAGCAUCAGGGAUACUGCUGUAUUUCCAUAGCUGUGCAUGACACGAUCAUAUGGCCUUUGAGCCUGUUUUCGAGGUUUGUUGGGCUUAUUAUGAUCUUUACAUCACAUUUGUGUAAGGUCCUUAAGCGAAUUCGUCGUCAUAUUUCGCUUAGCAAAGCCUCGCUUAAGUCAAGGAAUAAGUCAGAUGUGUUUAAACCCUUUGGGCUAUAUAUGCUUCACCAGUGA